CGGACGGAUCUCUUUGGACAGUGAAAGUUAAUUAAUUUUGUUCAUGCACAAUUCCAACGCCCCAAACUUAAGGAUAUCUAUACUAAGUGAAAAGAAAAUAAAUUAUUACUACUACGUACCACACCUCAAACAGCUGAAUCAAACAUUAAUUAACCACUAAAUGACAUAAAGUUAAUAUAUUCUCCCAAUUUCCUAAAUAAUUCUACUGAAAAGUGAAAACUUCAAGAGAACAAAAAGAGUUACCGUGCACUGGGGUCAGUCAGAAUCAAAUGGCUGCCGAGAAGAAGAAGAAAGUCAUACAUACUGUUCCAACAACACGGCCUUCAGAUUAGACCCGGAAUCUUCAUACUUCUUCUCCCCAGUUUUCUGUUUUUGCCUCUAUGUUCAAUCUUGUACAUCUCUAAUCAACUCCUGGAGGCUGGAUCAUUUUUGCAGUUCAUAGCAGAGUCCUUUUUCACAGAUAUAGUUGUUGAAGAAUAAGUGAGAUGAGCAAUGAGGAGGAUUUGAGCAGUGGGCAACUAUUGCGAGAUAUUGAGGAAAUAAGCCAAGCUCUAUAUCUGCAGAGAGGCCCAACCAAGGCAUUGCUAUCUCAGUCUCACCUUGGGUCUGAUACUAAGGCUGCUAUACAUGAUGUCUCCCACAAGAACAAGAAAUCAUCAAUUUGGCGGUGGAAUCCCAUAAAGACUUUGACGCAUUUACGUAGUCAUCAUAGAUUCAAUUGUUUAUUCUUUCUCCAUGUACAUUCGAUCGAGGGUCUGGCCUCAAAUUUCAAUGAUCUCAAGCUCUGUGUAAACUGGAAAAGGAAGGAUGAGGUGUUCCGGACUCAGCCGGUUCGAGUUUCCCAGGGAAUAGCUGAAUUUGAAGAAACUUUGAUGCAUCAAUGUUCUGUUCAUGUUAACAGAAAUGGACCCCAAAAUUCAUUGAAGUAUGAGCCCAAACUCUUCCUUCUUCAGGCUUCCGUUGUUGGGGCUCCAACACUAGAUAUUGGGAAUCACUGGGUGGACCUGGCGAGGUUGCUUCCUCUGACGUGGGAGGAAUUGGAGGAGGAAAAGAGGACUGCAGGGAAAUGGACUACGAGUUUUAAGCUUAAAGGCAAGGGCAAAGGCGCGGUGCUGAAUGUUAGUUUUGGAUUUACUAUUCCAGGGGAUGGUUCAUUUGAUGCAAGUCAUUUUGUGAAGGUUUCUGAUAUUAUUGGGGUCAGUGCUCAUGUGUGUCCACCUCCAGAUGUUGCCGGAAUUAGCCUUAGUAGUGCUCUUAAUAGGCUUAGUAGUAUUUCAAGAAAAACAUCCAACGAAAUGCACCAUGUUUCUUCACAGUCAUUAGAUAUGGACUUUCUUCUUGAAGCAUCCGCCAAACGAAAGUCUGAGCUUGCUCAAUCAGUUACUCUCUUGUACCAGAAACUUGACGAAGGGAAAGUUUCUAAUCUUAAUGAGUCUCAAAAUCUGGUGCCACUUAGUGCCAAAUCUGCUUCAUUAACUGAAACUAUUUGUGGAGGUUCUGAGGAUCUUGAAGAUAUAGAUUUUGAUGUUAUUGAACAGGGUAUUGAAUUGCCGACAAUUGAUGAGCUGAAGCUUGAGCAUUCUCAAAGUGCUCAGGAAUCUGUCAUUCAAGCUUCAGAUGAUGCAGAAAUAUUUUCUGAAGAUUUGGCAAGUUCUAAUGAGAGAUGGAAACCAAGUUCGGGGAAUGAGCUUGAUUUUGAUAGUAUCAUUAAAUAUGCUGAGGAAAUCUCGUAUGAAGAGGAUGGCGAAGGUGUAAAAGUACCAUCUGGGGAUGAACCCCAAAUGGUUUCAUAUAAUUUCUUAGCUACCAAAUCACCAGAUCCGAAUGCUUUUUUUAAUGUUAGCAAGAUUAUUGAGCAAGAGAACAAUGUGGAGCCCAAUCUUAGCCAUGGGGCAGGUAGGAUGGUAAGAUCACGUAGUCUAGAUGAUGUUAACGAAUUAGUGGCUAAUGAGUUUCUUGAUACGUUUGGCCAUGAUGACAAUGCUAUAGAUAUGAGUUCUGAUAAUAGCGAGCCUGAGUCUCCAAGAGAGCGUCUACUCAGACAGUUUGAAAAGGAAUGCCAUAUGUUCGGAGAGUCGGUUCUUGACUUGGACUCAGUUACAGAAGAUAUGGAAGGCAAUGGUUUUUCUCGAACUGGCUCUGGCCGGUUUGCAUGCUCUGAUGAUUUUGAUUUGUCGAUGGCUAUCCAAGAAGCUGAAAAAGAGUAUAACAGGGUGAGUCAGUCAUUAAGAAGCCGAAGAAAUGCAAAAAUGCUUGAAAACUUGGAAACUGAAACUCUAAUGCAAAGUUGGGGUCUAAAUGAGAAGCUUUUCCAGAACUCCCCUCAAACCAUUUCUGGUGGAUUUGGAAGCCCAAUCUAUGUUGCUCCUGAAGAACCUUCAGAAUUGCCUCCUCUAGGAGAAGGUUCUGGCCCUAUUAUUCAGAUCUCUGGUGGAGGGUUUCUACGAUCGAUGAGUUCAUCUCUGUUUAGAGGGGCAAGAAAUGGUGCAAAGCUGAUAAUGCAAGUUUCUAAUCAAGUUGUCCUACCAGCUAUAAUGGGUUCAGACGUGAUAGACAUACUACGCCACUGGGCAUCUGGGGGAGCUGAACAUAUGUUUUUUGAAGCAAAUGAAGUGAUGCCUUUGCAAGACAUUACUGGAAGGACGAUGCAACAAAUCAGCCUGGAAAAUGAAUGUAGUGCAGAAGUUCUUGAUAGGGUGAAUACUUGCUCGUUUUGCAUGCAGAAGACUGAUGGAGACUCCGUGGCUGUUCAGAAUGCUCACCACCUGUGUUUAGGCUCUGAAUCAGAAGAUUUGCUUUCGGAAUACGUUUCUCUGGAAAACCUUGUUCCUUUAGCGUUGGCUAAUAUUGAGGCUCUUUCAAUUGAAGGGUUAAGGAUUCAGUCUGGUUUGUCAUAUGAAGAAGCACCAUCAAGAAUAAUGCCUCAUUUUAUCCGAAACUGUAAUGCCAAAGGUGAAGGAUUUAAACUGGAUGAAGUUGUUGGCCCUUCAGGAGUAACCGCGUCUCAAUUUUCGGAUUUCACAAAUGAGAACUUUACUGGGUUGAUGAAACUUUCUAUCUCCUUGGAUAAUUAUAUCAGAUUAGAUGCACAAGGAGUUGAUUAUGAAGGUGAAGUUGAUGGAUAUACACUGAAACUCUUAGAAUCCCAUUAUGCAAAAUUCUCGAAUGUGGACAGUGAACAGCUAACAACGACAGGAACCGGGCGUGGUUUGUUUGGUAACAACUUCACAUUAGCGUUUAGGUUGCAACUCAGAGACCCAUUUCGUGAUUUUGAAAUGGUUCGUGAACCUAUGCUUGCUUUGAUUCAAGUAGAAAAACUCUCUGUUUCUCCACACCAAGAAAUGGCCAACAUGAGCACAGAAACAGAUUUCGGCCACAAUCAAUCUAACUUGGGUGAAGCAGCCUGCUUUCAAGAGAAUGAUGAGAAGAUGAUCUCUCAGGUCACUCCACUUUUUAAAAUAUCUGAGGUACACGUUGCAGGCAUCAAUAUUGUGUCAGCUGGUAGGCAAGUCCUGAUAACUGGAAAACAGAAUCAUUCUGGGGCUCGAUGGUUUCUUUCUAGUGGUAUUAAUAGGAUCAGUAAGAGACCUCCUUCCCUAUCAAAUGCUAUAGUUAAACCAUCCUCACAAUUUCUGGGUAAGCCAGCUGGGGAGAUUCUGUGGAGCAUUUCUUCUCACGUGCAAAAAGCAACCAAAUGGAAAGAAUUGGCCAAGUUGAAUAUUCAUGUGCGGAAUCCUGAUAUUUUUCUUCCAAGUGGAUCUGUUUGGUCUUCAAAAGCAUAAAAGACGUAUCAUGUUUAAUCAAGGUCAUGAUUCAGUUGGUAAGAUAUGUGUUUCAGUAGAACAGGUAUAUAUUACUAACAUGCAUAGUUGUCCUCUGGUUGAAAAUGAUUAGCUAGCUUAUUCAUGAAACCGUUUAAUUAGUGCCAACCUACAGAAAAGUGAGAUAAACACAAUCUUUUGUCUUUAGCCUGAUGUGAGUAUUGCCAUCUGUAUCCUGUUCAUAGAAGAAGUCUGUUUGCUGUUUUGUUAUUGUCAAAGAAGAUGCUCUGCCUCCUUGUCAACUUAGGAGACAUCUUGAGCUCUUAAUCCGUGUUAGGUUUUUGGUGGAGUCGGGAAUGGAGUGGGUUGGAAUUGAGUAGUUAUCAUAUAGAAACUGCAAUCCUCGUGGGAAAAAAAUCUCCACAAGGAACCAACCACUAGCAUUACAUUUAAUUUACGGAACCUAUAUCUGUUCUAAGAGUGCAUGAGGUACAACAUCCGGUUAUCUAGUUUGUCUAGUUAAAACUGCCAAGAACAGAUGGAAGACAUCUGAAAAAAAGGGGGAUUUAAGAUUGUCAACUGAGAUGGAUGUUGCCAAUGCUCGGCACUCAUAAAAACUUCUUGCUACAUAUUUGAUGCUGACACUAGUGGAGAAGCUUUGAACCCUCUUGAGGUGGUCAUAAUUGAGAAGGACCUUGAUGGUUAUGGAUGCCCUCAUAAGUCGUUAUUACAUACUUUUGGUCCUCAUUGUCUCUUUCAACUCGCUUCUUCACAGGGCAACCUUCCACUGAGCACCUGUAGUAAUUCCUGUUGAUUACAUUAUAUGAACAUGUCAAGAGUCUGCGAUGAAUGUUGGCUGUUGAUGCUUUUCUGUAAAUAUCUGUAUGCUGGAUUUCAAGCUUAAGGUGGCAGGAGUAAAAAGAUGAUGGGAAAUUUUUUUGGUAUGUAAUGGGUGUGAAGGCCUUCCUUCUAGAACAGGAUGUGGAGGAUUCAUCUUUUACCUUAAAGAAUAAAUUUUAAAAGAAAAUCAGAGAUUCCUCUCCACUUACUGGGAAGUCCCCUUUUAUAUGAAUAGAAUUGACUAAGAGGUCGUGAGAUGAAAACGUUGCAAAAUUGUCUUUUUUUUUUUUUCCUCUGUCAAGACUUAUGACCAUUAUAUUAGUUUUAAACAUACAUAGUACACUCUCCUUUUCCAACCAACAAAAAUGUCUGUUUUAUUUCAAUGUUUUGGUUCGAAAACAAAAAUAACUUUUCUUGGAUAAGAGUAAUUGACAAAAAUCAGAAAAUGUAUUUAUUAAAAUAUUCUUCAUUCUAUCAAAUCUAAAGUUUAUAAUAAGCAUAAUAGCAAAAUGAUCAUCUUUUUCAAAAGGGAUAUUUUUGUAAUUUAUUAAGGGGAAGAGAGAAAUAAUUAACAAGAAUGUCCAAAAUAAAGAUAUAUAUAUAUAUUUUUGAUAUAUCAUUAAGCACCGGGUGUUCGAAGUCAUUGCUCUAAUUAUUGCGAAUUCGAGCCAUAUAAUACUUUACUGUUAUAGUUCAUACCAUUAAACCAACGUUAAUGUGAUUAAAAAUAUAUAUAUAUAUAUAUAUCACAAAAGAUAUGAGUCGGAUAAAUAUCUUUUGAGAGACAAAACUCUCCUAACAAGUUAUUUUGGCUUGAGUAGAGAAAAAUCUUUUGUGUGAUAUCUGUUCCGCUCCACUCUUUUGAGAAAAUUACAUGUAAUUUUAAUUUGUAACGUUUGGAGCCUAAAUUUUCCAUAUAAAAUAAGUUACUGCAAAACUUGCAGUACUUCCAUUUUUUAAAGUUUUGAUGAUAUAUACCUGUAGGUGCGGUUAUUCAAAAAAAAACAAAAAAAAAGAAAGAAGGCUAAAAAAAAAAAAAAAAUUUAUUAUAUUCCAAGAUAGAUAGGCAGAAUCUUCGUAACGUAGAAAGGGAAGAAGACUCAAGCUUUUCAUUUUGAUGUAUGAAUUCCAAAUCAGUUAGUUACUUCGUGGUCAAAGUAUCAAACUCUUCAAUUCUUGUUAUAAUAAGAAAAUCAUGCGGCCGGCAAUAACGAACGACGAUUGAUCAGCGAAUUAAUAAUGACAAGUAAGCAUCCUUCAAAGUUGAAAAUAAUAAUUACUGUGUAGCAAUAGUAAUAAAUGACAAGUUACCCACGGUUGUUGGUGUCCACAUUAUUUGACAAGGUUAAAAAGUGGGAUUAUGGGUAAUUGUUCCCAAUGAUGUUGUAAAUAAAAAGAAGAUUCCAUAGAUUUAAGGAGACUUGAUAAAAAAAUGCUUCCUAUUGGUUAAGGUAAACUUGUCAUUGAGGUAUGAAAAUUAAUUGAAAGGCAAGAGGCAAUUUAAUGGGUACUCUUUUAGAUGGAAGGAUUCACACCGACUGUAAUUGUAUAUAUAUAGUUUUCCCAAUAAGAAAAACCAACAAAAAAUGUUGAUUUCCCAAAAUCAAAUGAAACUAUUCUGUACUUGAUCGAUGAAGAGAGAAAAUGUGUACCUUGGGUUAGGACUGUUUUUCACCAUUUUCUUGCCAUACUUUCUCCAUUUGAAGCCAUCAUCUAGAAUUUCAAUGUCUGACUUGGUUUUGAAUGCAAUCUUUUCCCUCACUACCUUCUUCCCCUUUCCACUUGCACCAGUAGUAGUACUCCCCCCACUGUCUCCAGUCUCCCCUGAAAAAUCUACACUGAAUUGUAUAAUAUGCAUGAAAUGAAAUAAUUUAUCGACUGAAACCAAAGUCAUAUGGUAUAUGGUUCGAUCCUUAAUUUCCAACCCCCCCAUGCAACUAAUCUUGUUAUAUUGUGAUAGAAAUCCGAGUUCGGUAAAUUUAUUACUACUCAUUCGUCGCUCUAAAUUAACGUUAAUUACUAAUUGAUUUUGAACUGAAACGUUGUAACGGUUUUUCUAGUAAUACUACCCUUAAAAACAAAAGACUCUCAGGAACAAAAAAUUAUGCUUACUUGUAUCAGUAUUUUCAUGUUGCUGAAUGUUGUUGGUUCCAGCCAUUUCAUCACGAAGAGGCCAAGUAGUUUGGUGGGCAAAGCCAACUGACUGUGAACCCAUCAUUAACGUACACGGAUCUACAUCCAUCCAAUCAUCAAGCCCGAAGAACUCCGAAACCUGGAACUCCGACGGGUUGCUAACACCAUAUACUCUGGCGGAGGCGCCGCUGUCUUCCGGCGGCGUCCCUGAGUUACUAGCCGGCGGAUCAUUAUGAUUAUAAGGAGAGUAGUAGCUUCCAUGAUGACCGCCAUCCAUGGUGGCUGAUGAUGAAGAAGUAGUGAAUGAGUGGCGGAUCGAAGUUCAUGAGAGUUUUAUGGUGGAAGUGAAGUUGUUUCGUGGGGAGCUUCGUGCCAUGUCCGAAGAAGCUUCAAAGGGCCGGUUUGAUUGAUGGUGAAGUGUGUUUUGGAGAGAAGAAGAAGGGUGGCUAAGGAAUUUAAUGGGCCCAUUCCAGAAAAGGAGUAUAAGAUUGUUUGACAUCCAAAUAAUCGUCUUCUUUCUUUUGAUGAUGAUGAUACUGAGAAUUGACGGUGACCCCUUUGGGUGGUGGGGUACGCCGGAGACGACUUGGGCGUCGACUUUUCUCUCUUUCGCUUUUGGUUUUCUUUUUUGGAGGUUUUACUCCUCCAAAGUACAGUAAUACUACGUACCCAAUAGAAAUGCGUUUAGUGUUAUAGUUAAUAGUUGUUUAUUUUGGGUUCGACACCAAAAAAUGUGGUACGUGAAACGAACACAUAUUUAUUAUACUUGCGCUCGACUUAAAUGGGAA